AUGCAAAAGUCCCAGCCAGAAAGAGCUGUACGGGGAGUGCUCAUUCGCAACCAAAGCGGCCAGGCGGCCUCACAUCCAGCCAGCGGCGAGCCACUCGCGUUUUCUGGCGACACCAAUGCCACCACCAACGACCAGAAUGAACCCGACCACCACCCUUCCUCCUCCUCGACCCAGCCACGACAGAGCUCGCGUGGGUCUGGAGCCGGCCGUCAACGACGAUCGAGCAGACGCGGAGGUCAGCAGAGCAGUGCCGAGCACGGCAGCGCUGCUUUCGAAAAGGAUCCAGACUACGACCGCUCGCUGCCCUUGCAGAUCGUAUCCGAAGAACCGCGCGAGCACGAACUGACGCCGCGCUCGGGCGGGCUCGGGUCGAGCGGUAUGCUGUCCAGUGGCGAGCUCAAACCGCUCUCGGGCUCGAAACAGCUGUAUGAUCCUAAAACUGAUCCUAUUCCUGCAAAACCUGCCACUACCGCCGCUGCUGCUGCGAAGUCGGAUGAGCAAGGUGCGUGUGCUGCUGCCGGCACCGCGCGGCGGAGUAAUCGUGAGCGAAGUAGUCGCCGGAGCCGGCGCCGCGAGGAAGCAGACCUGCUGAGCAAGUCGAAUCCAAACACGCUCGACAGUCCUCGUCUCACUGGUGUCAAGAAGCUUUUUGAUCCCGAGACGGGCCUGGGAGAGUAUGAAAAGGAGUCUGCUUCCGCUCAGCGAGCCUCGUCGGCUAGUCGUCGCCGAGGACGGGAGCGACGCGGGAGGAAUACCGCGGGCGCGAGCACAGCGAAAGCGAUGUCUGCGGAGCCUGCGCGCAGGAUGAUCGAGCCGGUGCAGUCUCCGAUCAUGGCGCCGAGCACGCGCGAGCCCAAGAAAAUCAUGGUUUUGCAGAAUCCAAACUCGGCCGCGAAGCAGUCGCGGUAUCCAAAGAUAGCCUCCGAGCUGGACUACAAUCGCGAGACGCCGGAGGAGAUUGAGUUGAAAGUACGGCAUAUCUACAGUCAGAUAUUGUACCUCGAAAGGAAAUGCACGACGAUUGAUGGGAAUCUCGCGGUGCAUGUGAAGGAGAACGCGAGUGAGUUUGGGGAUAGUCUGUGGAGCGACGUUGUGCGGUUGCAUGAAGAGUUACUCGAGCAGUACGAUGACUUUAUGUUUGCCUGCCGUCUUGCUAAUGCGACGCCCGCGAUCCUCAAACUGCCAAAGAAGUACAACAUCCCCUCGCGCAUGUGGAAGAUCGGAGUAUCUGGCAUCCUCGAUCUGCUGCGCGGCUUCCUACCUUCCUCCUUCGACGUCCUCGUGUCGUUCAUCUACUACGCAUACACAAUCAUGACGCGGCUUUUCGAAUGCAUGCCCGAUGGGCGCACCACGUGGCUCGAGUUUCUGGGUGACCUCGCGCACUGCCGGAUGGCUAUCGAAACCGAUCCCGAGGCGCGGCAGAUAUGGCAGGAGCGCGCGUUUAUGUGGUAUACGAGGUGCUCGUAUUUAACGCCGGGGGUGGGUAGGUUGUACCAUCAUCUGGCGGCGACUUCGGAGCCGGAUGCUAUUCUCGAUCAGCUGUACUACUACGCCAAGAGUUUUAAUGCCGUGUCUCCAUUUUUCCCCGCCCGAGAAUCUCUACUGGCGCUUUGCGGCACCGCAUUCGACCACGAAGAACGCGCGUCCAAGCGCGCACAGGUGGAGUUCACACGCGCGCACGCGAUCCUAUUCACGCGCACGCAGCUGCAGGAUUUUCAAAAGACGGUCGCGGAUUUUCUGCGCGUGGUCAAUCGGCCUGCGGCGUGGGAGGUUGAUGGGAUAAAGUACGCGGUCGUUAAUAUCGGCGGGCUGUAUCAGUUGGGAUCAAAGACCGGGGCGCUGCGUCGGUUUAUCGAUUUCUCGCGGCUUGAGCAGCAGGAGGAAGAGGAGGAGGAUGAUGAUGAUGAGCAAAGAGGUGAGGGAUUGUACGGACCAGCUUUGAGUUCGUGCGAGUCGUCGACCGAGGACGUGCUCUCGUCGUUUGCGGAUUUGAGGAGUGCGGUGGAGGAAGUAGCCGAGUCCGAGUCAGGGUCAGAUAGCACUGUUGCGCACAGCUCGCCAUCGAUGAGCGCCGCGCCGCUCCCUCUCAAUCAAUCCCUCUCGUCGUCGCAGACGUCCUCCGUAUCCUCCUCUCCGCCGCCGAGAGCGCCGCAGAUGCGACUGGAGACGUAUCUGGCAAGCGACCUGUACAAGGCCGAGUCCGAAGCCCUCGGUCUCGCGAAAAGCCUCUCGUUCUCAACCCUCAAGCUCGCGCUCACGGUCGGCACGCCAGAGCACUACCCGCACAUCUUCGCCUGGCUCGUGUUUCUGUACUAUAUCAAGGACUACAAGCACGCGUGGGCCGAGUUGUUUUUCGCGCACGAGCAGACGGACGAUGAUUUGUUCCCGUGGCGCGAGCUGCUGCAUUUCUUGGACACGAUCACGUAUCUGGCGGACUGCAACCCGCUGUACUCGCACGAGACGUUUCCGAAUUCGACGCCGUUGAACUAUGAUUGGGCGUUUUACGGGCUCGAGUGGGCGCGGAAGUUUCCUUAUAAGCCGUGGACGGGGUAUUCAGAUUCAGAAGCGGAAUCGUCGCAAUCAGACGAAGAAGACAGUAAGCGCGAGAAGACAAGCAAGAAGAAGAAGAAGAAGAAGCGAGAGACGAGGAACGUGAAGCAGACGCGGCCGGGGUAUCUUGCGCGGAAAUUCUUUGGCGACGAUUUCGACUACGACGGCGCUGAGCUUGCGGUUUCGAGACACGAGGUCGGGCCGUGCAAGAUCGGGUAUGAGAAGGGAGAUAUCGCGAUUAAGAACGCGGCGGGCGUCGAUCGGAUUCUGUGGAUGGCGUUUAAUAUCGAGCGGGAAUCAUGCUGGUUCGACUACGACCCAUUCCAACGGCUUUUCAAACUAAGUCCGAAAUUCAGCGCGCGGCUGGAGAAGAGCGGGCGGAUGUCUGCGCACGAGGAUAUUGAUAUUCCCGGGACGCGAAAUACGUUUGCGAAAGAGCGGUGGGGGAAGGAGGAUAUAUAG